GGUGAGUGACUAAACUUUCCGGGUCACGUGAGCGGGCGGGGCUGGUGGGGUCGGAGCGAGCGACCGACGGACUGACCCAGGGUUCGGGUGAGGGACCGGGACCGGGACCUGUGUGAGGUCAAAGACGUCUGGGCCAGGUGCUGGGUUUCAGGUACCCCCGGCCCAAGAUGCUGUAGAAGCGGCGAGCGCGAGAAGCCCCGGCCCCGGCGCCGCCAACCCGUCGCCCAGCCCAUGGCGACCCCAAUCCUGGGGCUGCUCUUGGCGCUCGGCCUGCCGCUGCUGCCGGCCCUCUGGGGCCGAGCCUGCGGACAAACCCCCACAGCUCCGAACCCUUCUCUCAAGAAUGGCACUACCACGCCCGCUGGCCCCGACUCCAGUGAGGGUCUGUCUCAGGCGGCCAUUACUGCUAUCAUCGUGGUCUUCUCCCUCCUGGCUGCCUUGGUCCUGGCUGUGGGGCUGGCACUACUGGUGCGGAAACUUCGGGAGAAGCGACAGACAGAGGGCACCUACCGGCCCAGCAGCGAGGAGCAGUUCUCUCACGCAGCGGAGGCCCGCGCCCCCCAGGACUCCAAGGAGAAGGUGCGGGGCUGCCUGCCCAUCUAGGUCCCUCCCUCCCUUCCUCGUCUCCCUUCCUUGCUGUGUGACCUUGGGGGAAGGCAGUGCCCUCUCUAGGCAGUCACACUCACCCAGAGCUUGAGAAUAGAAGGGAAGAAGGUGCUUCAAAGACUUGGCUCCUGAGGCAAGGGUGGGGCCCGCUCACUUUUUAUACAUUUAUGUAACAUUGGUAGUGAGAUGUAAUAAAGCUUUUUUGAGUUGGUGGGAACAUUAGUCUAGAUGGAGAGAUGAAGGUAGAGACGAGCUGUAAGGUUCCAGGGCUCCUGGAGGACAGUGGCUUUUAGACGCACCUAGGAGCUGUUAGAGGCCACCCCUGGAGCAGGGAACAGGUGGGUUUUGAGCAGAGGGUAGGCCCUGGAUAAACGCACCGGGACAGACCAGCUUUGGGCUCCUGUGGCUUUAUUGAGGGUCCAGGGUCUCCUCCACACCCCUGAUCCUUAACCUUCAAAACACUUCUUAAGAUCAGCAACUCGAGGCUGCCUCCUGGCCUGGGGCUCUUGCCGGUCACUGGUGGGUGAGGUAGGGGCAUCAGGGGCUCCUGGCUCCUCGGGGAACUGGGGGUGAGCAUGCUCUAGCAGGACCUUGGGAGGCUGGGUUCUGGGGUUCUCUGGAAAACUGGGGACUGGGGAAGCCUCAAGGGACUGGGAUGUCCUGGCACUGGCCAAGUUGGGCUCCAUGGGGUCCAGAAGUUGGGGACUUUUCGGAGGGCUGGGCUGGGUGUUUGCCAUGGGGAGUCUGGUGCGAGGGUGCUCCCAGGCUCUAGGAUGCCCCGUUGCCUUUUGCACAGGAGAAAGAUGGAGGGUUGAGGGCUCAGUGAGAGGAGAGGACCCUGGGUCCCCUUGGCUGCUUGUGUCUGCAGAAGCGGUGUGGAACUGGGGUGCAGAGAUGAUUUCUUGACUGGCGACUGAGGGCAGCUGGGAAUUGGGGUUCUUUGAGGAGCAGGUGAUUUCCAAAGAUUGUGUGAUUUGAAGGGAUGACAGGUCUGCAGGCAGGGACAGGGGCUGGGGCUCGGGCAGUUUCUCCUCUGGCUGCCAUCUUGCUCUUCCUGGUAUGUCAGGCUGGGUGGGGCAUGGGUGAGAGAGGGCAGGCUGCUGACUUUCAGCUGGGAAAGAGCUGGCAGUUUGCACGGGCAGUUGGGAAAAGACUGGGCGAUAGGGAGGCCCCCUCACCAGGCUGAAGCAGCUGUCCAGGUCCCCUCCGUGACAGCAGUCUAAGCUCUGGCUUGGCCUUAGGCUGCCCAUGUUCUUAGUUUGUACACUCAGACUGUCUAGGAUCUCACUCAACAGAUCCAGUUCUUCUCCAGAUCCCAAAAAGUUGCUGUCCAGAACUUCCUCUGCCCAUGGGCCCUGGGAGUCCUCAGGACUCAGAGGAGGUGUCCUGGGGGAGAAAGGGCAACCCAAGUUGCCUGAGACCCCAGCCCUGGUUGGUCUGCUCUAAAGCUUGGGGAGCCUCCUGAUCCGUCCUGGUCUUCCACUUCCAACAUUGGUCCCCUUUGAGUCUUACCUCUCCCCCAGGGGCCCAGAGACUCCCUCUUCCAGCUUAAGUCUCCUGCUGGGGCGGAGGGGUCUGCUCUGCAAAGGACAGGUGUCGGGAGGACAGUCAUGUGGAGCUGCAGAGUUAGGGGGCUGGGGCUCUCUGGAGGAGGGCGAGUUUGAAGUGGGCACCAAAUUUUGGUGUAUAUGAGGAGUGAGGCGAGGUGUUCAGGCAGAGACUGGCGGUGGGCGAAGGAUUUGGUGAUAAUUCCAAGUGUGCACGUGGGGAGGACAUUCUUACCUGUCCGAAGUGCUGGGUGAUGGGCAGGCGCUGCUGUAGGCGAUCCGAGCGGCUGGUGAGGGUUAUGGUCCUCAGGGAGCCUCCCCUCUGCAGGCCAGAGUCCCCAUCCUAGGAAGAGGAUGUGGAACUGGGGACCUGCCUCCACCCCUUCCCCCCUGGGGCAUUGGCCAUUGAUCAUUGAUGGCCUUACCUUGUACAGUAGUAGGCUCUGCAUUCCUUUCAAGCCACUCUUGGCCUAUGGAAAAGCCAAGGGGAAUUAGACCUAUGGAUGACUGGACACUGGGCAUCUGAGAUCAACCCCGUGGCCCCCAGGACAGCUGUGCCUUGCAUGGGAUCUGUCUCCGUGUCUUCCAAAUAUGUUCACUACUCCCCAAGCACCACCUAUGAAGUCAACAUAAACUUUUGCCUCCUUGACUAAUACCAAAGGAGCAUUUCUGGAGGCCUAGCCCCACAUAAAACAGGGAGUGGCCACACAGCCUUGUAAAAAUGUGUCACCAUCUCCACUGAACAAAGAAUAAACUCGGACCAUUGUAAGCCUCAGGAAACUUUCCGGCUUUGGAGAGAAAAAGAAACAAGGGCAGAAGCUGGGAUGUAUCAGCCGAGGUCAAGCAUCUCCAGUGAAUCCUGGCUGUCCGUUUUUAAUGAGCAAAAAGUGCUUCUGACAGAGCCGAGCCUGCUGGGGGGAAGUGAGCGGGAGAACCGUGCCCAGCUUGGCCGCCGCUUCAGUUCUGAUGAAGGCCUUCGCAGGACCACGUCUGUCAGGGCUCAGUGACCCGUUGCCCAUGGAGCCUCGAAACCCAUCCCCUCCCCCUUGCCACCCUGCACUGCUGGCCUGCCCAGCUCACCGAGCGGUACAUGAUCCUGACAGCUGGUUGGGUUUUGGCCUUGACCGAAUGCAGGAGAGCACCUCCGCCUUUCUAAGGAAGAAGGUCACCAAAGGAGAGACUUGGGAUCUUGGGGCCACUACUCUAGGGCUGGGCCCUAGGCCCCACUCCCCACCCUGGGCUGUGUUGCUGGCCAAUUCCCCCACCUCCGUAAAUGAGCAUAAUCACGACCCUAUUGGGGACUAUUGUGGGAUUAAAUUAAUCCAAUUGAUAA